AUGGCUGGUCUUUCAUUAGACCUCUCCCUCAGCCUACUCUCCUCUGCACCUUCCUCCUCUCCGGUCGAGGCCGUCACAAACCUACGGGAUUCUCUCUCCAGCCCGCGGAAGGCGAAGCGCCACUGCCAAAUAGAUCUUCGUCAGUCGCAACCGUCGCACGUCGUCGCGCUUCCCAUGAGGCACGUGCAGUCGCCGGGUCUGUCGCUAGCAAGCAGCCUUGACGCGGAGACCGUCACCGAGCCCGUCGCCGAGCCCGUCGCAGAAUCCGUCGCCGCGACGUCGCAGAGGGAUAACGUAAAUUCUUCCUUCCACCUUCUUGACUCAUCUCCCUCGUCGUCUCCCCCGUCUACCAGCUCCUUCUCACCCUCAUCCCGCGGUCCUUCCGCCUUCACCGCCCUCGCCUCCCUUGCGCACGCUCCGCCGUCCCACUGCAUGCCGGCGCUCACUCCGGCGCCUCCCUCCACUCCGCCGCCGCCGUCGCACCAGCACCGUGGUUGGUUCGGCUCCGCCAACCCCCCUGCAAGCUGCCCUCCCGCGAUCUGCCCUACUGCAAGCUACCCUCCCGCAUGUUGUCCUCCCGCCGCGGAAGCCGUCUGCGUGACUCGGCUAACGAUGCCGCCCUCCGCUUCUUCCUCCGCUCUUACCGCCCCGCAUCUGGCCACGUCACACUCUCAGCAGUCAACAGCUCCUGCGGCGCCAUAUGCACCAGUGAACCCCAGCGCGGAUUCGGGGGCCGCUGCAGGUCCCGUCGCGGCUCCAGCGCACCCGAUUGUCGCGGGAGCGGCACCGAUGGCUCCGACGGCGGCGCCGGCGCCACCGGCCGCUGCGCCGGGUCCGAAGAAAAGGAAGAGCAUGAAGGACCGGAAGUUCCGCGGAAUUCGCGAGCGUCUGUGGGGUCGCUGGGCCGCGGAGAUUCGGGAUCCCCGAACCAAGAAGCGGAUCUGGCUCGGUCAGGCGGCUGUAGCACCAGCCGCGACAGCAGCUCCAGCGCCGGUGGCAGCUCCAGCUGCUGUGUCUCUCUCCCCUGCAGCUACGAUCGCUCCGCGUCCCCACCCCUAUCGCGCCCGCUCCCGUUCAGUUCUCUCCGGGGCAGCCUGGGCCGUACCCGUUUGUGCUGUUUCGCAGUGGCAGUACAACGCGCAACGCAACCCCCACCAGCAGUACAGCAACAACGUGCAGCAGUACCCGCGCGCGCAACAAUACCCCCACUCCCACUCCGCCCAGCCGUCCUACUACCAUUCGGUCGCAAUCACCAUCCCAAGCGCAUCCGCCCAGUAUCAGCAGAGCCUGGCUCCGCUGUCCGCGUCCGCCUCCGCGCAACACGUGUCUCUCUCCGCGCCUGCGUCCGCCGCGCUGGCUGCUGCGGCAGCCGUGCCUUCGCAACCGCUGCCCAAGUCUCUCACUGGACCAGUCCCAGCCGGCCAGCUGGCAAUGCCGGUGGCAGCAGCAAAGCCUGCUGCUGCUACUGCACAAGGAGCGGUUAUUGUGAAAGCAUUGCCAGGACCAGCAGCAAAGUCGACAGGAGCAGCAGCUGGAGUUGGAGCCAUGUGCACAUCUUUGGUUCCCCAGGAUCAGUCGCCGUGCACAUCUGUCCCUCCAUCGGCCUCUCUUCCUUCUCACUCAUCAAGCAGCAGUAGCUAUGCUGGAGGCUCGGGUGCGGAUCAGUGCACAGCUGCAUCUGCUGAUGGCACUGUUGCUGUUGUGGAUGCGUCCACUGCUGUGGCUGCUGCUGGAGCUGAUGGUGCUGCGCAGAGCGAGAAGAGCGCAAACAAGAAAGACGGCCGCACUCGGCUUUUCCGAGGUGUUCGCCAGGUAAUUUUCUGA